AAUGGCCACAGCUUUGGAACAGUACGUCAACAGCGUACGAACUCUGUCCUCCCAGGGGAACUUCUCACAACUCUGUGAACUUAUCUCAAAGAAUCAAGAAUGCUUGGCCAAGAACCUUCCCCACCUUGACAAUGUGCUGGCAACUCUGGACAUUCAGCAACAUUCUCUUGGGGUGUUGGGUAUCUUAUGUGUGAAAAAUGCUAGCAGCAACAUCACAGAUUUUGAGACGCUGUUUGUCCAGACCCAGGAGUUCUUUAAUAUGUGCAAUGGUGAACAUGUCAGAUAUGCGGUGGAUAGUUAUGCUGAUCUCUGCCACAGAUUCACACAGAACUUAGUGGAGAAGAAGGAGCCUAUUCGAGGUAUCUGCAUCUUGCUGAAGGCCAUAAAUAAGAUCCAGCUGUUUCCAUCACAGUUGACAUCCAUCCACGUUGAUCUCUGUCAGCUGUGUCUCCUGUCGAAAUGUUUCAAACCAGCUCUACAGAUAUUAGAUGUGGAUACAACAGAUGUCAGUAAGGAGGGUGGACAUUACGAUGCGAAGCACUUCCUCCUCUAUUAUUACUAUGGCGGGAUGAUCUACGCUGGCCUCAAGAACUAUGAUAGAGCUCUGUACUUCUUUGAGAUCGCCGUCACCACCCCGAGUAUGGCUGUGAGUCACAUCAUGUUGGAAGCCUACAAGAAGUUCAUUCUAGUAGCUCUCAUUCUGCUGGGAAAGAUUCCAUCGUUACCAAAAUAUACGUCGCAAGUAGUUGGCAGAUAUGUCAAGCCCUUGUGUCAGGCAUACCAUGAUGUAGCCUUGGCCUAUGGUACAAACAACCCAGCAGAACUACAGGCUGCCGUCAACAAACACACUGAAGUAUUCACUAGGGAGAACAACAUGGGACUCGUCAAGCAAGUCGUGUCAUCACUCUACAGAAAGAUGAUUCAGAGGCUCACAAAGACGUUCAUGACACUCUCGUUAUCGGAUAUGGCCAGCAGGGUUCAGUUAUCGGGUCCGAAGGAGGCAGAGAAAUAUGUGCUACACAUGAUUGAAGACGGUGAAGUGUUUGCCACGAUCAAUCAGAAGGAUGGUAUGGUCAGCUUCCAUGAUAAUCCUGAGAAAUACAACAACAUAGACAUGCUCGUUAGACUAGAUCAAGAGAUGCAGAAAUGUAUCCAGUUAGAUGAGAAACUUGCAGAGAUGGACCGAGAAAUUACAGUGAAUCCUACUUAUGUGAAGAAGAGUUCUGGAGCUCACGAAGAUGACCUCCCUGGUCCAUCUCUGAAGUUACCAGGAUACACAAACACGAUGUAGGACCAGAACAUUCUUCCUCUUUGUGUUCGACUGGUGAAACAUUAGUGCAAACUCGCAUGAGGAGGACCAGAACAAAGACUGUGCUGUAUCUUAUCGUUGGACUUAAUGUGCAUACUGGGCUCCAUCAUCUUUUGGAGGUGAUCAUUCACAAGGACCGAGGUGAUCAUUCAUUACGACUGACAUGAAUAAAUUAAGAGAGUUUUACAUCAUUAUACAUGUGUAGCCUGUAAGAGGUGAUACUACUCUGUAAAUGUCUGAGGUUAUUGGUACAAGUGUCUG